GUGUUGGAGUCUUUUGACCGAAUAGACGACAUUAGACAUAAAAUAUUUUCAUUUAUAUUAUAGCUUUUUCUUUUUUGUAUUUGGUCACUACUUUGUGAACUCAAGCUUUUGUAAUAACAUUUUAUUUUGUUGUCAUUUAAGACUACAAUGUCUGCCUAUGAGUGUAUAUCACAGAGUGAUUCCAAGGAAAUUCCUGUCUCCAGAAAUGAUAGUCAAGGUUCUUCUAAAACUGGUGAAUAUCAGACCGUAGCACUUCAUGACUCCAAAGACCAACCCAAUGGAGAUUGUUCGUUCUCUGUAAUGAAGAGUAACACAGGCAAUAAUCCUGCUAUACCAUUGACGACUGGAGGUGUGCGUCUCGCUCCAGCCCAGGAGCUGUGGAGCGCGGCCAGAGACAAGCCUGUCAAACUGAGGAUGGAGACAUCGGGACUCGGCUCAGAACCUCCGAUGACGAUCCAUCAGAUGUUCCUGGGUACAGUGCAGAAAUACGGAGACUAUCCUGCCCUCCGUGCAAAGAAGGAAGGAACAUGGGUCACUCUGACCUAUAAGGAGUACUAUCAACAUGCAAGAGCGGCAGCCAAAAGCUUUCUGAGGCUUGGCCUGGAGCGAUUCCAUGGAGUCGGCAUUCUGGGCUUCAAUUCUCCUGAAUGGUUUAUAGCAGACGUCGGAUGUAUCCUAGCAGGGGGACUGGCCACUGGGAUCUACACAACUAACUCUCCAGAGGCCUGCCAGUAUGUCGCUGAGAACUGUGAAGCUAAUGUACUGGUGGUGGAAAACAACAAACAACUGAUCAAAAUCCUCCAGGUCAGAGAUCAGCUGCCACAUCUGAAGGCUAUUGUUCAGUACACGGGUGAACUGGAGCAGAAGUUACCAAAUGUCUAUACAUGGGCUGAAUUUAUGAAGUUGGGGGAGAGUGUCCCUGAAGCCGAGCUGGAUGCGCUGAUAGACAGUCAAAAGGCCAACGAGUGCUGCACAUUAAUCUACACAUCAGGCACCACAGGGAAUCCCAAAGGGGUCAUGCUCAGCCAAGAUAACAUCACUUGGACAGCCACUGCAGCAGGUCUCACGACCAAUCUGAAUAUGGCUGAGGAGGAAAUCGUGAGCUACUUGCCCUUGAGUCACGUGGCAGCCCAGGUCCAUGACAUGUGGAUCUGCAUGAGGUUUGCCGCCAUAACCAAUUUCGCCGAGCCAGAUGCCCUGAAGGGCUCCUUGGCCAACACUCUGAGAGAUGUGCGUCCUACGAGCUUCUUGGGAGUUCCCCGAGUUUGGGAAAAAAUGCAAGAAGCAAUGAAAUCUGCUGGUGCAAAGUCAUCCGUUACGAAGAAGAAGAUCGGAGACUGGGCCAAGGGGAUCGGACUUCAAGCUAGCUAUAAUGCCAUGAAUGGCGAUUCCUCAGUGCCGUGGGGCUUCACAUUGGCGAAUGCCCUUGUUUUCAAGAAUGUAAGAAAAGCUCUGGGCCUCGACCGCUGUAAGGCCUGUUACACAGGUGCAGCUCCCAUCACCAAAGACACACUGGAGUACUUCAUGAGCCUUUACAUCAGCAUCUUUGAGCUGUACGGCAUGAGCGAGAGCACUGGACCUCACUCCAUCUCCUGUGCCGAGGCUUAUCACAUCAUGAGUUGUGGUAAAGUGUUGACUGGCUGCAAAACUAAGUUAGACAAGCUGGAUACAGAUGGGAACGGUGAGAUCUGUUUCUGGGGGAGGCAUGUGUUUAUGGGAUACCUGAACAUGCCAGACAAGACUGAGGAGGCACUGGAUGCAGACGGGUGGCUUCACUCAGGAGACCUGGGCAAACACGACAAAGAUGACUUCCUGUACAUCACCGGCAGGAUAAAAGAAUUAAUCAUUACUGCUGGUGGAGAAAAUGUCCCUCCCGUCCCCAUUGAGGAUGCCCUAAAGGAGGAGGUGUCAAUCGUCAGCAAUGCCAUGCUGGUUGGGGACAAAAAGAAGUUUCUCUCUAUGCUACUCACACUCAAGUGUAACGUUGAUGACAAUGGAGACCCCACAGAUGAGCUGACCCCAUUAGCGGUGGAGUUUUGUCGGCAGCAUGGUGUAAUUGCCAGCAAAGUCUCAGAAAUCAUCAACAAAAAAGAACCGGCCAUUUACAAAGUCAUCCAGGAAGGCAUAGACCACGUAAAUGCCAACGCCACAUCCAAUGCCCAGAGAGUCCAAAAGUGGACCAUCCUCUCACGAGACUUCUCCGUGUCUGGCGGAGAACUUGGUCCAACCAUGAAGCUCAAAAGGCCUGUUGUCAGUAAAAUGUAUCAAGAGGAAAUAAACAAAUUUUAUAUUGAAUAACAGAAGAACCCAAAUGAAACUGUGGGAAUUAAAUUGCAGACUACAACGGGAUCAUAUUCUUUUGCCAUUGAUCAGUAAUCUGUAUUUUGCUCACUCCAGGGUUUCCAAUAGACCUCACUAUUAGAACAUCUCAUUGGCCUAAGUCAGACUUUACUUUAUUUUAUACCAAUAGAUUUAUAGCUUCUGCAAAGUUGCAAUUGAUCUCUUUUAUAUCUAUUU